UUGAGGGUUAUGUGGGAAUAUAUUCUAUGGUUUAGUACGUGAAGAUUCAAAUGACAAAAAUAACAUUCCUAAUAAGAUCAGUUUCUAAUUAGUUCACUUACUGUAUCCAGAAUCAUUUCAUUACAAUUAUGACAAGACACGCAAGAAAUUCUACGGCGGGAGCAGUAUAUACAUAUCAUGAAAAGAAAAAAGAUGCCCAAGCAUCAGGUUAUGGAACAAAUGCCAAAAGAUUAGGUAAAGAUUCUGUUAAAGAUUUUGAUUGUUGCUCUUUGUCGCUACAGCCUUGUAGAAACCCUGUUAUUAGCAAGGAUGGUUAUCUAUUCGAUAAAGAAGUUAUCUAUCAAUAUAUUAUAACAAAGAAGAAUGAAUACAGUAGAAAACUCAAAGAAUAUGAGAAAUCUAAGAAAAAAGAAGAAGAGGACAACAUUAAAAAAGAAUUGGAAGCCACUGAGAAGAAAGUAAAGCUCUUUAUAAAAAGUGAAGACAACAUUGUGAGUAAUCCAUUAUAUAGUUCCAAGUCGACUGAAGAAACUUCCACAUCCAUAUCUAAUAUGUCCGAAGGAAGGGAUAAAUUACUUCCUAGUUUUUGGAUACCAAGUAAAACACCCUCAGCAGAGCAGUCAAAGAAAGAAAAACCUGAUUCCACCAUAUUUUGUCCAGUUUCUGGCAAACCUUUGAAAGCAAAAGAUUUGAUAAAUGUAAAAUUUACAUUAGUGAAAGGUGAUGAUAACAAAUCUCUCAUUACAAAGGAAAAUAGGUAUAUGUGUGCAGUAACUCAUGAUAUAUUGAACAACUCAGUUCCUUGUGCAGUAUUACGGCCUACUGGAGAUGUAGUAACAAUGGAAUGUGUAGAAAAAAUCAUAAAAAAAGAUUGGAUUCAUCCUUUAACUAAUGAGAAAUUGAAGGAAAAGGAUAUUAUUAUCAUGCAAAGAGGUGGUACAGGAUAUGCACAGACAAAUGAAAAUUUAGAAGGAAAAGAAAAGAGACCUGCAAUACAAGCUUAAUAUUUCCAAAUUUGUAUAAAUUUAUCUAUUUCAUAAGUUUGUGUGGUGAAUUUAUAAAUCUACAUACAGUAGAAUUCAUUUAUUAUGAUGCGGGCCAUAUUGACCAACUGCUAAAUAUGAAGUGAAGUAUGAAGUUUGGUUGCCAUAUAAAACUUCUUAUAACAUUGAUGACUUGAACAGGGCAAUACCAACUUUUUAUGAUGGAAAUAGAGGCUGUUAUUAUAAUUUGAAGAAAAACAAAAGCAACCAAAAAUAAUCGAUUCCUUAUGUAUGUAUCUACAAAAUAAAAACAAAAAUACUUCCCUAAAUAUUCCAAAUGUUUUUUAAAGUAAGCUGAUGUUCUUUUGCUUUUUCAUUUAUAGAUUAACAAAUUCAUUUUAUACUCUGUAGACUUCCUGAAAUAUACCUAGACUAGCCAAACUAGCCGGUUUUCAAACAAAAUCCUGGUGUUCCAGAAAAACAUGAAUUUUAUUAUAGAUGACCAAAAAGCCAAGUUAAUCCAUUUAAGGUCAAUUGUGCGUAUACGCAACUCUAUCAAUUAUUUUUUUCUUUAAUUUAUAAUAUAUGUAAUUAUGCAAAUUA